CUGUAAAUUGUAUUCACAACUACACCAAUACAUCGAAGCCAAACGGCUUGAGAAAAGAGAAGGCAACAAAAAAAUAACAAUUUCUAUUAAAUUUAUAAAAUUAAUAUCAACUCGAGAAACAUGACACUGCCGCGUUCGGAGACGCCGUUGCGUCGAUCGGCCGUUGGCAGCUACAGAGAUGGAGCUGCUGAACGAGGAAGGGAAGACAGGAUGCGGGACUCUGUGGUCUCCGAUAUAACCACACUCAAUGCCAACGAUGAUGAGUCGGAAAGGAGAGAGGCUCGGCGUCGCACCCUUAUCCAGAUGCAACAUCGCUCCAGCGUAGGGCCCGGCGAGUCCAUCGAAGAGAACGAGACAAUUCGCAAUUGCCUGGAGAUCUUUAAUGGAAAUAAAUUAAGUAAAGACAAUGCCUGGAAUUUAUCGCUAAUCGAUACGUUGUCCAGUCUGCUAGAACGCCAUCACAAGACGCUAAGUAACUUUAAGAUGGCCGGAUCAUCUUUAGAAGCUAGCUCUAAAGUAUAUGGUUUGCGUGUGGAUUCCAUUUACCUGGACGCCAUGCGAAUGUCGGCGGGUUUAAGUGCUAAGACACUAACACAGAAACAAAUAAAUGCAGCAGAACAAGACGAGACCAUGGCCGGAGCCGGCGAUGGUAGUGGAGAACACGCCGAUAAUGAAGAACAUCAAGCAGAAGGUAAUGCGCCCGUCACCAAGCCUAAGAAAAAGGCACGCAAGGCAGUUUCCACUGUAACGAAAAACAAGGAGACUCUCAAUGCCCGACUGGACACGGCUCCUCUUCAGGAUCCAGUUUUUGGUAAACUGAAUUCCACAGUGGGUUCUAUCAAUGCUUCAAAUCGUUUGAUGCACAACAUUCUGCCUACUCGAGAUUCGGAGCUGCGACUGCGAACCACUUACAAGUACUGGGAUUCCCAGGACCUUGAGGAAGACCUGCCAGAAUAUGACGAAUUGGUCAAAUCAGAGCGAUUAAAUUUAGCAGGUGGAUCAGAGGAUUUAGUUAUGGGUGCGGAUUGGCUGCAAAAACUGCUGCCUCGCGUAGUACAUAUGAAGUUACGCCCUUUGCACACCGGCUACCACAUAACAGAUGCUCCAAACCCAAGCGAAAAGCUUGUACAGACUCCUGUAGAUGAUGACGAUGAGACUGAUGACCGAAGAGAUGAUUGUGAUUUUUAUGAAAAUCCAAAAGAUCUGUCGAUGGUAUUUGACAUCAAUGCAGAAUGUGAACCCCUGCCAGAACUGGAUCCUGCUCCAAACACAAUGCUAGAUGUGGUAGACUUUAACGAUUUGGAUGAACUAACACAGGAGGAGCAAACGGUGCUAAAUCGUUGCCGCAAUCUGCACAAGAAAUCUGUGCUAAUCGAUGAUUUACGUCCAGUAGAUGGGUCUUCAAAGUUGGAAUAUUCUUAUAGGCCCAUGGAUCAAAUCUCACAGUUUUGGGCAGGUCCAUCCCAUUGGAAAUUUAAACGAAAUCGUCCCCGCAGUACUUUUGGACAGUUGAAUGGUCAGAGCGGUGUGAGCAACAUUGCAAGAGCUUCUAAUCAACGAACACGUCUUGCCCAAGCACGUCGCACUAAAUCAAUUCAAUAUGGUCACAGCACGGAGUCUUCCUUCCAAACCCUGGAUGCCCAGACUAAGUUGCGCAAAGUCAAUUAUCAGAAAAAAUGGGAUGCACGACGGCUUACGCUACCGUUAAAGUUCUCCUUUCUGCCAGAUUACUUUUAUCAGUAUGAAUUGGCUCCCAGUGAGAAACUCAGUCGAAGAUUUGGCCAACCGGAUAUUGUUGAAGAGGAAAUAGACUUGGACGGGGCACUGGAUCAGGACGAUAAUGAUGUGGAGCUCUUUGACAAUGAUCACUUUAUGGCAGAUACACCACAGUCGCCUACCUCAAUGCAAGUGAGUGGCAUGCAGGCCGACGACUUAGCUGGUGGUGUAAGAGCAGAACAAAGCCCAAUAGAAAUCUCCUUAAGCGGUACCCAAACAGGCGAGCCGCACGCCAAUAUCUGCAAUGACACGGUCCUUGAGAUAGCUACUGAUUUCGAGGGAGCUCCUACUCAGGUCACUAAAGUGGUUGUUCCCUUUGCCAAGCGAGCCAAAGUCAUUGACAUGAAAAGCCUAAAACGCAGUUGUAAAUCUCUAAUCCAGAAGCAACUCCUUGAAAAGUCGAACCUGUUGGCAGACACCAUGCCCUCACAUCCGGGACACAAGACGGAGGACUAUGACAAGGGUAUAGCGAGUUUCAGGGAAAUCUAUGACAAGUUACCGAAUCUGCUGACUGCUAAAAUGUCGGACUCUUUGUCCGAGCCAGUUGCUCUGUACGCCGUUCUCCAUUUGGCAAACGAUUUCCGGUUGAGACUUAUACCGCAAGAAAAUUUAGAGGACUUUCAAAUCCGCCAAUUGGCGGACAAGAACCACUCGGGCGAACCGUAAUUAUUUUCGCGUUGUUGAGAAGUUGUACUUUUCUUAAACAUAUUCUAUGUAUCUAAAGCCCAGUAUUGUUUUCCUUCUCCAUCUUCUUUGUCUCAUCGUCUUGCAACUUUGUAUAAUGCUUAAAUUCGGGCAUCGAAUAACACUGUAUAAUUUUAAUGUAUCUGAUAUCCUAAAACUUUACACUAUGCAUCAUAUUAUUUUUGUUUUACGUUUUUACUUAACUCUCGAAAAUGUCGUACUAAUAAAAAGGAUGGUUGGCUCUUGUUUCAAUAUGGCAAUAUCAAUACUAAUCAUAA